AUGACGAGUGAUACUAAGGAUGACUUCCCUCCAGUCCAAGGCGGUGGUAGUUUGAUUCUAGCCUGGCAAGUUAAGAACAAACAUGUCCUCGUGGUCGGAGGCGGCGAGGUCGCCGCUGGUCGUAUCCUCAAUGUCCUCAACGCUGACGCCAACGUCACCGUCGUGAGCCCUUCUUCCGGUCUCAAUCCCGAAGUACGCCAUCGUAUCGCCAACAACCAAGUAACUCACGUCGAUCGCGUAUUCCAGCCUUCAGAUCUAGAGACGUUACCCCCGCAUAAUGGUCCUCCCGACAUGGUGCUCGUCGCCAUCGACGACCCUGCUGCUUCAACCCAGAUCUGGAAGCUAUGCAAAGAGCAUCGCAUUCCGGCUAACAUUGCCGACGUCCCGCCCGAAUGUGACUUCUAUUUUGGAAGCGUACAUCGCGACGGGCCGCUGCAGAUCAUGGUUAGCACCAACGGAAAGGGGCCGAGACUUGCUUCCAGUAUCAGGAAGUGGAUUGGGAGUCAAUUACCCACGAAUAUCGGCGAUGCUAUCGAGAGAAUAGGCCAACUACGUACGAGGCUACGCGAGAUAGCCCCAAACCCCGAUGAGGGUCCUAAGAGGAUGCGUUGGAUGACGAGAGUCAGCGAUGCUUACAGCUGGAAUGAAAUGUGCGCGCUCACCGACGAGGACAUAGAUAACCUUCUAAAAUUUUACCAUCCAAACGAUGUUCCCGAGUUGGACAUGCUUAAGGCCAUGCGAGGUGGGAGAGAGCCAGAAGAUAUCGACGUGUUCGAUGGCUCUUUUGGUUUCAGCGUCGUUGCGUGA